GGUUUAAAUUCCAGACCCUCAUGAGGGUUUGGGCAAGGUCUAAACGUAUGGCUACGGUGUAGCUUAUAUGUGGAAUCUGUCGGCCUCGAUAAUCGGGCCGACUAUUAACCUGCGACCUCCACUCUACAUCGAUAUCGAGGGGAAAAGUCUCAGUCGGCACGGAAAGGUAUCUCUCUUAACCAUGCUCGUUUAUCCUGAGAAGGCCUUGAGUGUCCCCACAUCAUCGACAUGCAUACACUUGGAAGUGCAGCCUUUUCUAUAGUCGGCAGGCCUGCCAAGGGCUUGAAAGAAUGUUAAUUACCGAGCUCUAGUUAUCCAGAUCGUACACUGGGCCUCGCUCACUCUAUAUACUCGUUAAAAAGAAUACAGCCUCACCCUUCGCUACGCUCGUCCAAAAGAAAUGCAUAUAUAUGCUCGCGAAGCGAGCAAAAAAAGAACAUACAACAGCCGGGAUUCGCUGGUGGUCACCCACCCAACUACUA